CUUUUAUUCUAUCGGGUGGUGUCUCUUGUUGCUGCAGUAACACACAGCAGUUAGCUAGCGUUAGCAGUCAGAGAUCACACUGUCAGACGAAUGUAACAUGUUCCAAGUCUCCUGCUCAUAGCUGAAGUUUAUCUCCAGGAAAAAAAAAACAGUCAAGAUUAAGCCCAAGGCAUUCUGAAGAAUCUACAAACCUGCAAAAGUUGUUUUGCUACAUCUCACAGAAAAAUGAAUCCAAGUCCAGGGAAGGAGAAAACGCACCAUUGUUCUGACUGUGGAAAGAGUUUUAAUAAAUUAAGUAAUCUCAAAGCACACCAGCGCAUUCACACAGGAGAGAAACCGUAUCAGUGCUCAGACUGUGGAAAGAGUUUUACUCAACUGGGUGGUCUCACACUACACCAGCACAUUCACACAGGAGAGAAACCGUAUCAAUGCUCAGACUGUGGAAAGAGUUUUACUCAACAGAGUACUCUUAAUGCACACCAGCGCAUUCACACAGGAAAGAAACCGUUUAACUGCUCAGACUGUGGGAAGAGUUUUACUCAUCAGAGCGGUUUCAUACUACACCAGCGCAUUCACACUGGAGAGAAACCAUUUCACUGCUCAGACUGUGGGAAAUGCUUUAUGCACCCGAGCCAAUUCAAAACACACCAGCGCAUUCACACAGGAGAAAAACUGUACCACUGCUCAGACUGUGGGAGGAAUUUUACUACACAGAGUAUUUUUAAAAAACACCAGCGCGUUCACACUGGAGAGAAACCGUAUCACUGCUCAGAGUGUUGGAAGAGUUUUUCUCAACAGAAUAAUCUCAUAAUACACCAGCGCAUUCACACUGGAGAGAAACCAUAUCACUGCUUAGAGUGUGGGAAGAGUUUUAUUCAACUCUGUGAUCUUAAAAAGCACCAGCGUGUUCACACGGGAGAAAAACCAUAUCAUUGCUCGGAGUGUGGGAAGAGUUUUAUUCAACAGAGUGAUCUCAAUAUACACCAGCGAAUUCACACUGGGGAGAAACCAUAUCACUGCUUAGAAUGUGGAAAGAGUUUUACUCAUGGAAGUGAUCUUAAAAAACACCAGCGUGUUCACACUGGAGAGAAACCGUAUCACUGCUUAGAGUGUGGGAAGAGUUUCACUCAGAACAGUAAUCUCAUACUACACCAGCGCAUUCACACUGGGGAGAAACCAUAUCACUGCUCAGACUGUGGGAGGAGUUUUACUAAACAGUGUAAUCUUAAAAAACACCAGCGCCUUCACAUAGGAGAAAAAUCAUAGUACUCCUCAGAGUGUUUGAAGAAUUUUACGACCUGCUCUCAAAAUAUAUUAAUGCAUUAACACAGAAGAAAAAACAUAUCACUGCUCUUAGUAUGAGAAAAGCUUUACAUAUCAAGGCGACGUGAUGCUUCCUGGUGAAUGGCCAGUUAGACAGAGAGCUCUCGGUAUCACCAUGCAAUGAAUUUGCUUUACUCCACCUGUCCUGCAGGGCUCCUAACGACAAAAUUGUUAUUGUUAGAAAGGCUAGCAAGAUGAAGUAGGCUUAAAAAGCUGGUGAGAAAGACAAACAUGGCAUCCGUGGCUCUGUGGACUCACUCGCUAUGAAAUUGCAAGCAUGCAAAUCAUAGUUUUAUUAUUAUUAUAAAAAUUAUUUAUUAUGAUGAGUAGAUUUUGUCCCAUUCUUCCUGCAAACAUGUCUUCAGGUGUGCAACACUACAGUUCAGUACCUGUACCUUCUUCUUCCACCCUCUUCAUACCUUUGUAAUAAGUGCAGCAUUUGGAUUUGCAUUGUUUUGUUGAAAAAGGCAUGGAUGUUUCUUGAAAAAAAUGCUCCAAGUCAGCAUGUACUGUGCUAAGAGACUUGUGUAUGUUUCUGCAAUAUUGAUGCCAUCAUAAAUGUGUAACUCUCUGCUUGUUAAAAUAAAGUUGCUGAACGUGA